UAUAUAUAGCUCGGUGCAGUUCACAGUUAUAGGAGCGUGUAGGCCUACUUGUAAUGUUUAAUAGUCCGGACCAACGUAUAGCUUUACAAGCGGAAUGUUGUGUUGAUUGUUUGCAACGUUUAGGUACAGCUCAUGGUUUGUAAAUUUAUAUUUCCAUUAUCUCUAAAUAGCCCGGAUUACAUUUUUGUGUGGAAAUUUCCUUAAAGCUCCUGUUUUACAUUCAGAGACUCUGAAUAAAUGGCAGCACUAAACAGAUGGAUAAAAGCGGCACUCGGUACUCAGUGCAGGCGACACUGGAUGUCCACUGUAUCCGUGGAUACGAGGAGUGAGCAGGUCAAUGCCCGACCCUUCCAAGAGAUUCCCGGCCCACGAGGCAUUUACUUGUGGCCGUAUAUUGGUAUCAUGCUGCAUUAUAAACCAUUCUCUCCUUACACUGCUGAAACAAUUCACCUGCUACACCGAGAGAUGCACAGAAAAUACGGCCCUAUAUUCAAAUAUCGGUUGGAUAAGAUCUCCGUCCAGACGAGCAGCCCAGAAGACAUGGAAACUAUAUUUAGAAACGAAGGCAAAUUUCCCUACCGUCCAGCGUCGGACCUUGAUAUUGUCUACGCAGAGAGAAACGGACAUAAGAUGACCCUGGCAUCCCUGAACGGAGAAGAGUGGUACAAAGUGCGGACACCAGCCAACAAACGUCUGAUGAAAGCCGACUCAGCACACCACUACCUCGCCCCACAGAACCAAGUCGCGGAUGAAUUUGUUCACAUCCUGUCCACUCAAAAGAUGGACGGUGAAGAGAUGCAGGACUACUUUUUCCGUUUUGCUGCAGAAAGUAUUGGAGUCGUAUGCUUCAAUGCGAGACUUGGUUUCCUUAACAAAUCUGGAUCGGACGACGCAAAAGCCGUUGAAUUUCUUCAAGCCACAAAAGAUAUCUUGGUGCUCUUGCUCCAUUCAUUUAAUGGCACUUCCGUUCUACACAAAUGGUUUCGGAACAAAACAUAUAGAGACUAUGAGAGAGCCUACAACAUUCUGAAAAAAAACUCAGCUCAACACAUCCUUAGGGCUAAGAAAGCUGUAGAAGACAAGCAAAGGGCCGGUACUCUAGACCCAGAAGAGCCAAACUUUCUUCUCUCUCUGACCUCAGAAAACAUCAUGGAUGAGAGAGAUAUCUGCAACAUAACAGAAGGUCUUUAUAUGGCAGGAACUGAUUCGACAGCGAGGAACCUGCAAGUUCUCUUCUACAACUUGGCCAAGAAUCCAGACAAACAGGAAACUCUAAGGCGAGAGGUUCUGAGUGUCGUGGGCCCAGACAAGCCGGUGGAUGCUCAAGCCUUGUCUAAGAUGCCAUAUCUUAAAGCCUGUUUAAACGAAUCGUUCAGGCUGUACUACCCAACACCCGGCGGCGUCAUGCGAAUCUUGCCAACUGAUGUGGUCCUUAGUGGCUACAAGGUUCCUGCUGGGACUCCUCUGUUACUGAGUAACCUUGAAGCCUGCAGACAUGCGGGUGAAAAUCCAGACCGGUUUAUUCCGGAGAGAUGGAUGCGGACGGAAUCAGGCAAGAGACAUGACGACAUACACAGUAUGGUCGUAUUGCCCUUUGGAUUCGGACCCCGAAAUUGUAUUGGGAGACGUUUCGCUGUGCAGGAAAUUUAUCUGGCCACUUCUAAGGUUCUACAGAAACUGAAGAUCGAUAUCGACGAUUCGUCACGUGACACGGAGUUUGUGUACAAACUUUUCGUACACCCAACGACCCCAAUCAAGUUUAAAUUUUCGAAGAUCAGCACUUUCAACUAGACACGACCAAACUAUUUUGGCUCAAUAACAAUGUACUGCACUACAAAGCUCGAUUUACUUAACUAGACAAUUACUACAAAUAUUUUAUUUACUUAACUAGACAUUGACUACAAAAUGUUGAUUCACUCAACUAGACAAUGACUACACAUUGUUGAUUCAAUCAACUAGACAUUGACUACUAAUUGUUGAUUCACUCAACUAGACAUUGACUACAAAUAUUUUAUUCACUAAACUAAACAUUGACCACAAAAUGUUGAUCCACUCAACUAGACAAUUACUACAAAUAUUUUAUUCACGCAACUAGACAUUGACUACAAAAUGUUUAUCCACUCAACUAGACAAUGACCACAAAAUGUUGAUCCACUCAACUAGACUGACUGAAUUGUUUAUCCACUCAACUAGACAAUGACUACAAAAAGGUUGAUACACUGAAUUGUAUACCCAACAUCUUCGAUAACAUUAACUGUGUCAAGUGCUUCUCUAUUUUGUUUAAAUUACAAAAUAUUUUUUUUUAAAUUUCGAUAUAUAAAAUUAAAAUUUAAAGUAAUAUCAAAGAUGAAUAAUUGAUAUUUGUCGCAAGCACGGCAUGAAAGUGCGAUUUUGUGUUCUCUGAUUGCACAAGAUUUAAGAGGAUUUAUCCUUAUAAAUAGAACAUGAAUUAUGUUCCUUUUAACUUUUUGAGAUACGUCAUCGCAGGACUAUAACCUGGGGCCACCUACAGGACUGUCCUACUAGAGACAACAAAUAGGACUGUCCUACUAGAGACAACUAAUAGGACUGUCCUACUAGAGACAACAAAUAGGACUGUCCUACUAGAGACAACAAAUAGGACUGUCCUACUAGAGACAACAAAUAGGACUGUCCUACUAGAGACGAGAAAUAGGACUGUCCUCUCAAGAUCAACAAACAUGACUUUUACCAGGGACCACAAGCCAUGCCGAAUAUAAUUAAAAAAUCAAAUAUCAAUACUUGUAGUUAUUCUAUAUUAUAAAAAUUGUAUCUAUUAUUGCGCAUAUUCAGUCAAAAUACAAUACUUUAUGCAAUGAAUAGUCUAUUUGCUGUCACAAUCUGUGUAUAAAAAUAAAUUGUAUGUAAAAAGUCACAAUCUCUUGUUGAAUGUACCGUUAACUAU